AGGACAAGAAUGACAGCAAAAGCUGUCAUUCGAGUCGAGUGAUAGAAUUUAUUUUCUGUGUUAGUUUUUAUACUAUUUUUGUUUUUCAAAAUCAACGCAUGUCAUGACCAUAAAAGAGUACAGUAUAAAUAAUCUACUUAUCAAAUCCUAUUCUUUUAAAUACAUGAAGAAUGUAUUCCCAAAAGCUGAUGAGACUUUGCUUCUCGAUAUUCUUGCCAAUUCUGACAAUAAUGUCCAAAAGGCUUCGGAAACACUUAUUGCGAUGGGCUAUGUCAAACGAGAUGAAGAGUGUAAUAAAAUAAUUCCAUUGCGCCCGAUGGUAUACACCGAGGAAGAAAAGAACCAAAUGAAAAUUCGACUUCAAGAAAAGUUCAAAGAAAUUGCUGAACGAAUAAUAUCCAUGGCUCUAGAAAGUGUUAAUUAUUCAGAAGACAGAGCUACACAAAUAUUACAAAUUGUACAUGAUGAAGACGAAUGUCGGGCCAAAAAAGAUGCUGAUGCAUUACAAUGUGCAUUAGAUGAAGAUUCUUGUGUUGAUGGAAUCCAAGGUGGAAGUAACAAGUUAGUUCUCAAAACAAAGUUCUUUUGUUCAUAUAACGUUAAAGAAAAAAAUAUUAAUUAUUAUAAUUAAUGGGCACGUUCAAAGACCUAUCGGAUAGGCUAUCUGGGAUACCCGUAUCUGGAAUAUCUCUUUGAACGAAAAGCUAUCCAGAUAGCUUGCCAAAGCAGCUACAAAAAAAAUAUGAAAAUAUUGAAAAGAGGAAGUUGUUUCUUUUGAGCAAAUUCCUGUUUUUUAUUGUUGCAUAGUACUUGCACAAUCGAUCUAACUUUAAUUCUUGCAAAUUUAUUUUAUUUUCAAGCUGAAUAAUCGCGCGAAUAGAAAUCAAAAUAAAAAAUAGCCAAAUAUUUAUCAGCUGACCACUCGCGAUCGCCAUCUCCGAGAUUGAGUGAGAGUUAUAACUUCAGUCGCGUGUACAUAGUACA